AUGCAGUGGUUGCUUAUCAUUACCCUUUUGGUGAUAUCCAUCAAAUACCUCGUCAACCUUGUGGGCAAGGACGUCAUCUCCAGCAAGGUGUAUCAAACUUACCUUCGUGUCUCGGGAAAUAAAGCCUUUGCCAACCUUCACACUAAAAAAACCGAACUUCGUGAUAUUAACAAACAACGACUUGCCAUCAGUGCCCAGGAUCAGUAUGCCAAAUGGACAAAACUCAAUCGUCGCUGGGACAAACUCAAGAAAGAAGUGGACGAGCUCGAAAAGACGUUGCUCGUGACCCAGGCCGCCGCCAUCAAUGCCAUCAAGACCGGGUUGACGGUGGUGACUACCGGGCCAAUAUGGUAUUAUAGAGUGAUGCAUCGUAAAAGUGUGUUGGUUCAUUUACCAGCAGGGCUUUUCCCAAGUGUGGUGGAAUUCUACUUGUCCUUUCCUACCGUGGCCAGAGGCACCAUUGGGUUAGGCGGCUGGAUGUUCAUCGUUAAUACCAUGAUCGAUAGUAUGGAAUUGAUCAUUAAGAACUUGGUGUUUGCUGAGAAGGUGGAAAAACCAAAGGAAACUAGUACCAGUAAUGAGGAAGAGAAAAAACCACAACCAGCAUCAAUCGAGCCAAAGAUUCAGGAAAUUAACUAA